AUGCUUGGUUUCCUAACACUUACUGGUGAUUGGUUUAAAGGGAGUAUCCCUUCCUCCAUCUUCAGUAAUCUGACUGACCUGGUCUUUCUUGAAAUCAGCAGUAGUAGGUUUGAAGGAACUUUACAAUUUUCAGUGCUCGCCAACCUUUCCAAUCUUAGAAACCUUCAUAUCUCCUCAUUCGGUGGGUUAGAGAUCAACACAGAGUACCCCAUCUCUUGGGUCCCAUCCUUUCAACUCAUACAUUUAUCCAUUGUUGACUGUGUGGUUAAUAAGCGUAGUGGUGGUCGAUUUCCUUCCUUCCUCAAGACCCAAGGUGGAUUACAACAGUUAACUUUUGAGGGCACCUCAGUCCAGGGGACACUACCUGCUCGCUUCUUUUGCAACACUUCUUUAUCUGUACUGUCACUAAGUAGAAAUCAUUUUUCUGGCCCAUUUCUUGUCCCUUGCUGUAAUGCAUCUCAAAAUGUUUACGCCAUUGAUUUAUCCGAUAAUGAUCUAAAUAUGCUGCCUGAGAAUAUCGGCCUUUUUUUCCCCACGUUAAAAUCUUUGAGCAUGCCAAGAAACAAGUUGGAAGGGCACAUUCCUGCAUCCUUGGGGCAUACACUCUUAUAUUGGCUAGAUUUGAGUGGCAACAUUUUAUCAGGAAAAUUACCACCCACUUUGAUGAGAAAUCAGAGCACAUUGAUUUUAUUAGACGUAUCUUCUAAUCACCUUGAAGGAGAGAUGUUCCCCGUUGAUGCUGAGAUGCCCUCUUUAGAUUCUUUGAUCGUGCACAACAAUAGUUUCACAGGUUUAUUUACCCCAAGGUUGGCCAACUUUUCUAGUCUAAGAAUAAUUCAUGCUGGAUAUAAUAGCCUUACAUACAAUUUCUCUCAAGCCCUACCUUAUUUCCCCAAUAUAGUGGUACUUUUCUUGAGAAUGAAUCAUAUUCACGGCUACUUACCCAAACAGUUAUGUGAAAUGCAGUAUCUACGUCUCCUUGAUCUUUCUGGAAAUAACUUAUCAGGAAAACUUUUACCUUGUCUUCACAAUAUUUCAUCUUGGAGGUCAAAAAUUCUAGACAGGGCCGCAUCUGCAUCCUACUCAUCAUUUACUUCUGACAUUGGAUGGCAAUCUUUAAUACCAUCACAUUCAGGCCUAUCGUUAAAGUCAAAAAAUUCGAUCCGUGAGUACAAAGGUGAGCCUCUGCAGUGGAUGACUCACCUUGAUUUAUCAAUGAAUAUGAUUAGCGGCAUCAUUCCUCAAGAAAUUGGAGAGCUGCAUGGACUUCAAUCAUUGGACUUAUCCAAGAACCACAUCCAAGGUUCUUUACCAAAGUCAAUGGCAGACAUGUAUAAUCUGCAAAGUUUAGACCUCUCACAUAAUGGUUUAAGUGGUUCCAUUCCCAGUGAAAUGGUACGACUCACCUUCCUUGAAACAUUUAGCGUUGCCUUCAACAACAUGACGGGUAUGAUCCCGAAUGGUAUACAAUUUAGAAGUUUUAAUGAGAGCAGUUUUGAAGGUAAUCCAGGAUUAUGUGGACCGCCACUAAAGAAAGAAUGCUCCUCGAAUAAUGAGAACACGAAAGGGAUAACAAUAACAGAAGAUGGAGGAAAGUCAAAAGAUUACAAGAAUGUUUUAUUCUCUGCAAUUAUUACGACGUCAUUUAGUCUGGGUUUUUGGGGGUUUCUUGUCAGUUUGUUUUUCAAUAAAAGUUGGAGGAUGAAAUAUUUCAAGUUCAUCGAUCAAUUAUUGUAA